GCUUUGAGAAAUCUUUGAGCAAGUACCCUUUAAAGCAGCAGGUCUGAGCAGCCACUGUGCUUUGAUCCAGAUGGCAAAACUCUUCUGUGCAUGCUCAGGUUCCCAUCACUUUCCAGUGAAGCAAAAGAUGCAGGAAGACUCGUAGUAGAGGGAUUCAAUUAUGCAAGUUGAGGCAGUGCAUUGAACCUGAUUGCUGGUGUUUUGAAUUGAGAUGCUAUCUUAAAGCCUAUUUGACAUGCCCGCUGGUAUCUGAUAUUGAAUGUUAUUUUGAAAUAAUUAUAUGAACACACUGAAAUUAUAUCUCUGGUUUGAUUAUUUCAAUAGUUAAGGACUUUAUAUUGUUUUGCAGAGAUGCUGUUGAAUUUUUAUUAAGGAACCAUUUAAAAGCUAUUUAAACUUUGAUAAAUUUUAUGGAUUUUUGUAUGUUUUAAUCAUGAAAAUCAAAUUAGAGGUACUAGCCUCUACAUGUAUCAAACAGAAGAAGCCAUGGCCUCGAAUCACCUGGCUGGGACAGGAAAAAGAGGCUGUUUUCCUAUUGGAUGACAGAAACAUGCAGGAAAUUAACCUGCUUUCUGGAAAAACAAAAAAGAAGAUUCCCCAAUUGCAGACUUUUCUGAAGAAUGUUAUUAUAUUAUCAACCUCAAGAAAUGGAGCUUGGUUGGCAGGAAUGCUUAAAACAGGAGAGCUCUUUCUUUGGAACAAGGACCGAGACAUUAUAAAAACUGUUCCAGCCAUUGAGGAAUCUACAAAAGUGGCUAUGGCAGUGCAAGAACAUUCCUUGAGGUUAUGCCUCUGUGUUUCCGGCAAAGGAAAUAAAAUACUUCUUGCUACUCCAGAAGUCUGUGUCUUAUUGUGGGAAAGCAUAGAAUCAGACGCAACACCUUCCCAAAUUUCUGCAAAGGGGCAAUGGUCCCAAAUUAUUCCUGAAGCUUCAAUUGUGUUACCAGCCAAAGAAGAGAAGGAAACUGUAGUUAGUGCUGAUUUUAUUGAAAAUGAGAUAUUGGGAGAUUGUUGCUUGGGUUCUUUUGCAUUUUAUUCUGGGGACCAACUGGUCCUGAUAUUUUUGAAGAUCAAAUGGCAGGAGAACAAUGCAAGCUCUGUUCCAUGUCAAAUCCAUUGGGCACAAGAAACAUGCUCUUUGCGUAAUUUGUCUCCGUCUUGUGAAUCAGUGAAGUCAAGAGGUGCUUUGCUUACUGCAUUCUCUCAUGAUGGACUUGUGCUAGCAGUUGCUCUCAAUCAAAAGGAUCUACAGGCAUCUCAAAUUCUGUUUAUGAGCACUAAGAAUUUUAUUACUACUUCAGGGAGUCUUAAAGGCUGUGGUAACAAGUAUCCCAAAAUUCCAUCCAAAUUAAUAAGGUCUUACUGGAUUUCGGACAUGAGCUGGACUCCCGAUACUCUGUUUUUGGUUUGCAUGUUAAAACGUGGAUCUCUGAUCAUAAUGACAUGCUUGGGUGAAUUGAUGACUUUAGUUACUUAUGGCUGCUCUGUAGAAUUUGGACCAGCAGAAUUUAUUCCUCUGCAUCCAUUAAUAACACACAGAUCACAGAACUCUUUCUUGAAUUCUCAUGAUUCAUCAAUUUCUGAAGGAGACUUCAUGAGGCAGAGAUUUUCUGUCACAUGUCACUCAAGUUUGCCUUAUCUCAUUGCCUCUGAUGGAUACAUGGUUACCGUUCUUAAAUUUUCCAGUGAGUUUUCGCCUUCUACAUAUACAAAGUCUUUGCUGCUUGAUUCAGCCCAACGACUAGAAAAGUUGCAUCACAAUUUGAUUACAUACAAGUCUGAGGGGAAAAAGCAGCCACUGCAGUCAUUGUCUUCUUUAAGAGCUAACCUCUUACAAUAUGAAAAUCAGCUUUCUACUUUCUCUGGCACUCCAAAGUUUUUACAAGAAGAAGAGGGAGCCACUGAACUAAUUGAAGAAGUGUCACUAUUCCAGGAAUGCAAUGAAGAAUCCAGUGACGACAAUAUUUUUCAAAAUAAGUCAUACAUUUUGGGAAGCCAAAAAGCAGAUUUCGCUUUAAGUGAUGAAGGCCAGCUGGAAUUCGCAUCAAUGUUUGACACAAUUCAUGCAAUAGAUGACGGAAAACAGUUAGACAGAAAAAAAGAUGGCCUAUUGUUUGAACUGAACCAUAUUCAAAAGAAUCUCAUCGCUGCUUGGAGAGUGGCCACUUCAAGAAGUAUAAAAGAAAAAGACAUAUUAUUAAAUUUUAACAUUCGUUGUAUUGUACACUUUUUUAACAUUCUCCAGCAUGUGAAACUGAAAGAAUUAGAUCAUCCUAUCAAGAAUCAGUCAUGGAUACAAUGUGUCUUAAACUGUUUCCACCAAUUUUUGACUGUUCUCAGUUGGGAAAAUCAACACAGACAAAUAUUGGGGCAUUUAAUGAAAUUAACAAUGCAGACCUUGAAACUGAUACUUACAGAACAACAAGAUCACCUUUUCGCCACUAAUCUUUUGGGAGGUUUCUCAUUGCUGAAGAUGGUUAUUCAUUAUUUAAAUGCCAAAACAAUACCACAGUAUGAAGUUCUAGCAGAUCUGAAUGGUAGUAAUAAAGUGGAACUAGAUUCUAUUGAUGUGCCUCUGUUUCAAAGGCACACAGAUUGGAAUAGUCACCAGAAGCACUGUGCAUUAUGUUCUGUGCUAACGUGUUCUCUUCCAAUGGCAAACCGAACUGAGAAUCAGGAAAAAAGGUUAACUAUAAUCUGGCGAUACUUGUAUAAACAUGUGAUUUGGUAUUGGGCACAACUAAGCAGAAAAAUGAAUAACUCAAACAAAUCAAUGACUGAAAUCCAAAUUGCUCAGGAAAUUCCAGUGACCAAAGCACUUGCAAGAGGAAAGAGAAUACCCUUUCUUCAAACUCGAUAUUAUCUUGCUAUUUUAUAUUGCCAUCUGUAUCAUUAUAAUAUAAGUGAGGCUCAGGGUCUGUGUGAUCACCUGGUAUAUGAACUCCUAAAACGAAAUCAAAUUUCUGUAAGAAACCAAGAUGCUAUGACAGAUGCUGAAUGGAUAAAAGAUAUUCACACUGAAGCUGCUCUGGCAGUGAUUCAGUCUUUGGCCCGAUUCAUGGCAGCCUAUUUCACUAAUGAGCCAAUUUAUAUACAUCCUCCACACAGUGUUGGUAUCUUACCGCCACUUCAUAUCAAGUCAGAUGGGUGCCUUCGUAUUAUUCCUCUGCAACAUUCCAGAGUCACCGAAGCAGUUAGGGAUAAUGCCCUGUCUUGUACUUGGACUGUAGAAUAUACUCUUGAUUUGUUGCUCAUCAGUGGACUAAUUCCAGAAGCUGUGUGGCUAGCCCAGAAACUUGGAGACUGGAAAAUGGCUGUUUCAAUCGGAGUGGCUUAUCAACUAUAUUGUCAAAGUAAUAAAAGCUUAGCAAGGUCAGGGAACGUGGAAUUAUUCCUACCAUUACACUUGACUCCAACAAACAUUUUUCAAGAAAAGCUACAAUCUUUUUUGGGUCAGCCUGUCAACAAUGAAACAACAAAUCAAGGAAACCUCAGAUACAAACAACUGACAGAUCCUAUUGAAGAAGAAGAUGCAAAUGCCCUUUUUAGUUCAGUAGAACAAAUAUUAAAAGCAGCUGUUAUGGCAGAAGCAGACAUUCUGUCAGAAACCUUUCAGGUUUUGAUGGAUUUUGCCAAGGAUCAUAGUAGAAAAUUCUGCAGCUUGGUUCCUAAUGGCUUAUAUCUCCCAGCACCACCUUUAUAUUGUCCUCAGCCAACAUUUGUGAGUGAAGAAGAAUAUGCUGAUGUACCAUUAAGAAUCGAGAGAGACUGCAGACAGAAAAUAUCUGGAAUUAUUCAACGGAUUCUUCUUCUUUUCCGGGCUGCUCAUUGUUCUUUUGCUGCUGCUCAGUGGUAUAUUGCGCGGCUGAAACAUGCACGAAGAGUCAUGCAAAAGGUACAUAUUAUUUUUAAUAGUAUGCA